AUGGGAACCCGGCACUCGAGCCGGUGCAUCCUCCGCCGGGCACCGCGAGUCGCCGAGGGCGGCACCGAGGUGUCCAGUGAUUCUUCAGAGCCCUUAACGAUUACACAGCCAGAUCAGUCGUUUGGAACUACACAGCAAUCACAGUCACCGACUCGGACAGUGACCGAGACAACAGACCAGAAAGUCACUCAGACCCUGGUGCAGACAACAGGGCAGACGGCAGACACAGCGGCACAGACAGUGAUUCAGGAAUUUCCUCAGACAGAUUGUCUGCAGACAGGCCAAGAAGCAAAACUUUUCACUCCAGAUGAAAUGACUUCAAGAGAUUACUACUUUGAUUCUUAUGCACAUUUUGGCAUCCAUGAGGAAAUGUUAAAAGAUGAAAUCCGAACCCUAACGUACCGGAAUUCCAUCUAUCACAACAAACACGUGUUUAAGGACAAGACGGUUCUGGAUGUGGGCAGUGGAACAGGAAUAUUAGCAAUGUUCGCAGCCAAAGCAGGAGCUAAGAAGGUGUUCGGGAUUGAAUGUUCCAGCAUCUCUGAUUAUUCUGAGAAGAUUAUCAAAGCAAACCACCUGGACAACAUAAUUGUAAUUUUUAAUGGUAAAGUGGAGGAAGUGCAGUUACCUGUGGAUAAAGUGGACAUCAUUAUCAGUGAGUGGAUGGGCUACAGUCUCUUCUACGAGUCGAUGCUGAACACGGUGAUCUUUGCCCGAGACAAGUGGUUGAAACCUGGAGGAUUGAUGUUCCCGGACCGAGCCACAUUGUAUAUCGUAGCCAUUGAAGACCGUCAGUUCAAGGACUUCAAAAUUCACUGGUGGGAAGACGUUUAUGGAUUUGAUAUGACAUGCAUCAGGAAUGUGGCCAUCAAGGAGCCGCUGGUGGACAUUGUGGACCCUAAACAAGUCGUGACCAAUGCUUGUCUCAUCAAGGAGGUGGAUAUCUACAAUGUGAAGACCGAGGAUCUGUCCUUCUCUUCCACGUUCCGCCUUCAGGUUCAGAGAAAUGAAUAUGUCCACGCUCUGGUGACAUAUUUUAACAUUGAAUUUACGAAGUGUCACAAGAAGACUGGAUUUUCAACAGCUCCAGACGCUCCAUACACACACUGGAAACAGACAGUAUUUUACUUAGAAGACUACUUGACAGUGAAACUGGGAGAAGAGAUUUGUGGCACUAUCACAAUGAAUCCCAAUGCUAAAAACAACCGUGAUCUGGAUUUUACACUGGAGCUGGAUUUCCGGGGCCAGUUGUGUGAAGCAUCAUUCUCUCAUGAUUACAAGAUGCGUUAACUGUUUUACAAUUCUUUGCAUCAUAUCUGCUAUUAUUCUGAUGUUAAUGAAUUUAGGAUGUGGAGUCCAGCACCUGAUAAUCCCCAACACAAGUUAUGUUCUGGAGACAUAAAUGUCCAUCUUUGAUCCCUCAGAGUUACCAAGGCACAAAGUGUUUCAAAGCCAGGAAAUAAAACCUGCUGCAUCACUUGUUUCAAGACUUCUUUUCAGAAACAGAAGUGUGCCAAGAAUCAAUGCAUGGUCAAUGAUUUUGUGUUGGUAAUUAUUG